AUGCGAAUGUCGAAUGAUAAUCUCAAAGCGCUGAAGCCAGUCAGCUCUCUCAGUCCUCUCUCACGCCCACCAUCCCCGACCCAUUCCCGACCGGCGCCGUCUCAGCAGCAGCAGAGGGCGGCAGCAGCAGCAAUCUUGGCAACUGAGGAAGCUCAACAUCUAAAAAAGUUGAUACAAGACUAUACUGCUUCUUUCAUCAAAGUAGAAGAUAAGAGAAUACAUUCAGAAGAUCAAGUUCAAGCUAAAACUGCGGGUAACAAAUGGAAAGAUGACAAAAGCAGUUUGAGUGGUGUUGGAGCAGAAGAAAGUAAUGCACAUCAGAAGAGAAAUAAAAAGAGAAAAAGAAAGGAAGUGAAGGACCUUCGGUUUGAUACAGCUGAACUGGGCAUUACUAGUUCAAAGAGAAAGGAGCGAAAGAAACAGCGUUUGGCAGAAAUGAAGAAGAAGCACAAAAAGGCCAAUACUGAUGAACACAUGGAAUUUUCUGGCCGUGAAGAAAUAAAAUUUGGUGAAGUCGUUGAAGCUCCACCUAAGCUUGCAGUUCCAAAGGCAUUCAAGAAUAAUGCACAUGAUGCUUCAAAAGAAAGACUUCGAUUGCAAGCAGUUGAGGCCUUUAGGCAGCGGAAAGGAUGAACAUCAAGACUGGGGCUUCAGAUUUCUCCACCAAUCACCGAGACUCCAUUGGUAUAGUUAUCUCAGAGACAACUAGCUGGAUGGGUACAUGAUGUCAUGCAAAAUAUCUACACU